AUGGUAAAGUGGUCAAGAUAUUCACCAGAAUUACUGUUAAAAUCAGAGAAUGACUUAAUUCAAUUUUCAGGAGUAGAAAUAGAGCGAAAAAACAUAUGUAUUGGCAGAGGCUUAUAUUUGCAUUGCCUGACAUGCGGAGAUCCUUCAAAGCCAGCUAUGGUUCUUCUUCACGGAUACUGUGGGUCUGGGCUUAUUUUUUUUAAGAUUCUCCACAAAUUUGUCGAUAAAUAUAGAAUUUAUAUAGUUGACCACUUAGGCAUGGGACGAUCAUCGCGUCCAGAAUUUGUCCCAAACACUUUAGAAUCAGCUGAAGAGUUUUUUGUAGAGCCUUUAGAGUUAUUUAGAAAAUUUAUAGGAGUUGAAAAGCUUCUGCUCGUGGGGCAUUCCUUUGGAGGUUACAUAUCAGGAUGUUAUGCUUUGAAAUAUCCCCAGAAUGUAUCAAAAGUGCUUUUGCUAUCACCUGUUGGUUUUGGGCAGAAGCCUAAAGAAUUUGAUUUUCUGAAAGAAAUAGAUGGAGAUUGAUGGGUGAGAUUUAUGAAAAAAUUUAUGAUGUUCUUUUGAGUCAAAAAUAUUACUGGUGCCAAUAAAGUUCUCUAAAUAAUUUUUUCUUAAUUUUUUAUUUUGGGCAAGUAUUUUAAAAUACUCAAAAUUAAUUACAUAUAAAAGAUAUAUAACUAAUAUUACCCCGAUUUCGUUGAUCAGAAAAUGUGGUCCUAUAACAGGUCACUUUUUCCAAGCCUACUCAAAAGAUCGAUUUAACAGCCUUUCACAAGAAGAAAACUUAGCAGUUGGAAACUACUUACUCUCCCUCUGCAACAGCAAAAAAUGGUAAAAAAUUAUUUUUUUAAGAUUAAUCCCUUAGUCGACAUAAAUUUGGCUUCUUUAGCAAGAGUUAGAGCAAAUCAAUAUUAUGCCUGGUAGUGGAGAAUACGGCUUAGUCUACAUUCUCGAGCCUGGAGCAUGAGCAAGAUCUCCUCUCUGUGUUCGUUUUGAAGAAGCCAACAUUCCUCUCGCAUUUUUCUUCGGAGACAUCGACUGAGUCAAGCCGGACGGAGCACGACAACUCAAAAAACAUUAUUCAGGAAAAAUGCUUAUUUACAUGAUUAGCCACUCAGACCACCACCUAUAUUGGGACAAUCCUGAAGAUUUAUCAGAAAAAAUGCUUGAAGCCAUAGAGCUUCUUGAUAAUUAA